AUUUACAACCAUGUGUUUCACUAUAGAAAAAUUUAUUACACAAAUCGAGUCAGGACUUCUGGGCCACCCUUUAUAUACAACUGUCUGAUAUUGUUCGACUCUAUUUUUUAGCUAUGAAGCGGAGUCAGUGAAGCUAAGAAAAACCUUAAAUAGAUUCGAACUUAUACGUUAUUUGAUCAGAUUUAUGUUAGGACAUAUCUCGAUUCCAUGAAUUUCCUUGUCAUAUAUAAGAUCUAUCUAUUAGCAAAAAUUUCAUAAUUAAAUUUCCUAUGAAGAUCUUGUCCCGAUAUCAAAAAUCUAAAUUAUAUUGAUAAAUUGUUUUUUUUUUCUUAGGCGAUUUAACAUCAGGUAUAUAUUUACGUGUACCAGAUCCAAAUGGUUUAUUACAAUAUUUACUUUGGCUUUAUUUAACUGAUAAAGAAGUUCGUAAAAUGCUUGCAUUACCAACAAAAGUAGCUGUUGAUUAUCGUCCAGCAUGUUUUUGUCAUCAUAAAUUAAUUGAUACAGGUUAUGUUUGUUCCGUAUGUUUAUCUAUCUAUUGUGAUAAUGCAUUAACAUGUUCAACAUGUCGUUCGGCUUUUGAUAUAAAUAAUCAAUCUAUUUCAACUUCGAAUGGAUCAAAUGAUUCAUCUAGACGACAACCUCGUUAA